UCCAGCCAGCGCCAGUUGCAGUCGUUUGUGAGCGUUCGCAGCGCUAGGUACUCAGCAAGUUUCCUGGUGCAUUCGAAGCAUAACUGUGACUGAGCAGCACAAGUUGCAGUUGCAGUUGCAGCCAACAGUGGUCAUACAGUGGACACAAAGUGUUAACGAAACACACAAAGAAACUGAAAGCAAAAACAACUAGAACAACAAAUAUAUAUAUAUACAUAUAUAAACAAAAACUAAAGCAACCAAAACAAAAGCAACAAAAAAUUGAAAUAACAAUGUGCGCCUCGCAGCGUCGUAAUUUGUUGCUGCGUAGCCUUUGGGCAGCCGUCGUGCUCGUUGGCACUGUGCAGGCCGCCUCGCCGCGCUGGGAGCCACAGAUCGCCGUGCUCUGCGAAGCCGGACAAAUCUAUCAGCCGCAAUAUCUAUCCGAGGAGGGGCGCUGGGUAACGGACCUCAGCAAGAAGACAACGGGCGCCACAUGUUUGCGUGAUAAAAUGGAUUUGCUUGAUUACUGCAAGAAGGCCUAUCCGAACCGUGACAUUACGAAUAUUGUGGAAUCGUCGCACUACCAGAAGAUCGGCGGCUGGUGUCGCCAGGGCUCUUUGAAUGCGGCCAAGUGCAAGGGCGCCCAUCGCUGGAUCAAGCCGUUCCGUUGCCUGGAAGGACCAUUCCAAUCGGACGCACUGCUGGUGCCCGAGGGCUGCCUCUUCGACCACAUACACAACGCGUCGCGCUGCUGGCCCUUCGUACGAUGGAACCAGACUGGAGCCGCCGCCUGCCAGGAGCGCGGCAUGCAGAUGCGCAGCUUUGCCAUGCUCCUGCCCUGCGGCAUUUCCCUCUUCUCGGGCGUCGAGUUCGUCUGCUGCCCCAAGCACUUCAAAACCGAUGAGAUACGCGUGAAGAAGACCGAUAUUCCCGUCAUGCCGCCGGCACAGCUGAACAAUGCCAACGUGGAGCUGAGCGUGAAUGAGGAGGAUGAGAGCAACGACUCGAACUACUCGAAGGACGCCAACGACGACGAGCUGGACGACGAGGACGAUCUGAUGGGCGAUGACGAGGAGGACGAAAUGGUCGCCGAUGAGGCAGCCGCCGGCGGCGGCACCGGCUCCAACACCGGCUCUGGCUCUGGCACUGGCACCGGCACAGCUACCGAUGCUAACAGCAGCGGCCUGGACGACAUCAAUGCCGAGUACGACAGCGGCGAGGACAGCGACAUCUACGAGGAGGACGGCGCCGGCUCGGACAGCGAUGUGGCCGGCAUUGCCGAUUCCUGGGACCCUAAUGGCAGCUCCAGUGGCGCCAAGCCCUCGCUCAAGUCCCAGGUCCCCAUCCCCCUGAUGUCCUCCUCGCCCGCCAGCCUGACCGUCGCCGAGCAAGUGGGCAGCAAGCCGUCCAUCUCGAAGCCGGAGCCGGUGACUGGUACGCCGCAAUUGUCGGCAGCUGCCGCCGCUGCCGCCGCCGCUGCGGCAGGAGUUGGCGCACCACCGUCGACCGCUCAGCCCACCUCCGAUCCGUACUUCACGCACUUCGACCCGCACUACGAGCACCAGAGCUACAAAGUAAGUCAGAAAGAAGCCCAACAGCGCCUUGAGGAAUCGCACCGCGAGAAGGUCACACGUGUCAUGAAGGACUGGUCGGAUCUCGAGGAGAAAUACCAGGACAUGCGCCUGGCCGAUCCGAAGGCAGCGCAAAGCUUCAAACAGCGUAUGACGGCACGUUUCCAGACUUCUGUUCAGGCACUCGAGGAGGAAGGCAACGCCGAGAAGCACCAACUGGCCGCCAUGCACCAGCAGCGCGUCCUCGCCCACAUCAAUCAGCGCAAGCGCGAGGCCAUGACCUGCUACACGGAGGCCCUCACGGAGCAGCCCCCAAAUGCCCAUCAUGUGGAGAAGUGUCUGCAGAAGCUGUUGCGCGCCUUGCACAAGGAUCGGGCCCAUGCCCUGGCCCACUAUCGCCAUCUGUUGAACUCGGGCGGCCCCGGCGGACUGGAGGCAGCCGCAUCGGAGCGACCACGCACCCUGGAGCGUCUCAUUGAUAUCGAUCGGGCGGUCAAUCAGUCGAUGACCAUGCUGAAGCGCUACCCGGAGCUCUCGGCCAAGAUUGCCCAGCUGAUGAACGAUUACAUAUUGGCGCUGCGCAGCAAGGACGACAUUCCCGGCUCGUCGCUGGGCAUGAGCGAGGAGGCGGAGGCGGGCAUACUGGACAAAUACCGCAUCGAGAUCGAGCGCAAGGUGGCCGAGAAGGAGCGCCUGCGCCUCGCCGAGAAGCAGCGCAAGGAGCAGCGGGCCGCCGAGCGCGAGAAGCUACGCGAGGACAAGAUGCGCAUGGAAGCCAAGAAGGUCGACGACAUGCUCAAGUCGCAGGCGGCCGAGCAGCAGCAGCAGCAGCAGAUGUCCCAGCAGCAGCAGCAGCAACAACAGCAGCAGCAGCUAUCGCCGCAGCAGCAAUACCAGCAGCAGCAGGAGAGGAGCAAGGAUCUGAAGGGAGCCGCUGGCCUGGUGACCGUGCCCAAUCUGAAUCUCGACACAACCAAGAGCGACAAGGACUUGGCCGAUGCCGAGUAUGCUGAGGUUACAGUCAGCAGCACCAAGGUGCAGACCGUGUUGCCAACGGUGGACGACGACGCCGUGCAGCGUGCGGUUGAGGAUGUGGCCGCCGCAGUGGCCCACCAGGAGGCCGAGCCGCAGGUGCAGCACUUCAUGACCCACGAUCUGGGCCACCGCGAAUCGAGCUUCUCGUUGCGUCGCGAGUUUGCGCACGCGCACGCGGCCAAGGAGGGGCGCAAUGUCUACUUCACGCUCUCGUUCGCUGGCAUCGCCCUAAUGGCUGCUGUAUUUGUGGGCGUGGCCGUUGCCAAGUGGCGAACAUCACGCUCGCCGCACGCCCAGGGCUUCAUUGAAGUGGAUCAGAAUGUGACCACACACCAUCCCAUCGUACAAGAGGAGAAGAUCGUGCCCAAUAUGCAGAUCAACGGGUACGAGAAUCCGACCUACAAAUAUUUCGAAGUGAAAGAGUAAACACCUAGAGCAAGCAGGAGAAGAAUAAUUCAAUGAAAAUAAUAA